GAUGUCAAAUGUGGUGGUGAAGUUAGCCCUUUUUGAGUUGUGACGAGUGAGAUGCUGGCCGGCAAGUGCAUGUUCAACCGGGAUUUGGCCAUAGCAAACAUCAGCGAGUGGGCCAUCAUGCCGAAGAACGAGGAAGGGCUGGCGUUUGCCGUGUGGAAGGUGGGCCCGAUUGCGGUCAGUUUGAAUGCGGCACCAAAGUCCUUCCAGCUGUACAAAACCGGCAUCUACGACGACGAAGCGUCCUGCGACAACUCCAAGGUGAACCACGCGAUGCUCCUGGUCGGCUACACGCCCACCUACUGGAUCCUGAAGAACUGGUGGGGCAGCUGGGGCGAGGACGGCUACAUGAAGCUGGCGCGGGGCAAAAACAUGUGCGGCAUCAGCAACUACGCUUCGUACGUCACGAUCGCGUAA